UGCGCUGAUCAAACCUAUUCUUGCUCAGAGUGAAGCCUCCUGUUCUCUAGAGGAUCUCUCAGGGUUCUGCACCGUCAAAAAUGUUGAAGCUGGUCGGUUCUUUGCGGCCCGCAGCCGCCCUGUUCAGAACUUCUGCUGCACAGCCGAGCGCCUGCCUCGCCACUGGACCCCAGCAGGAACAUAGAACCUUCUAUGAGUUUCGUACCUAUAACAUCCGGCCGGAUCAGAACGCCGCGUUCCUCAAACUGACCAAUGAGAAGAUCCAUCUGCGCACCGCGCACUCUGAGCUGAUUGGCUACUGGAGUGUGGAGUACGGCGGCCUGAACCAGGUGUUCCAUAUAUGGAAGUACGACAGCUACUCUCAGCGGGCAGCUGUGCGGGCAGCCCUGGCUCAGGACCCUUCCUGGGUCUCAGAGUACAUCUCCAAGGCCAUACCCAUGCUGACGUCACAGGAUAACGAGGUGACGUACCUGGUGCCGUGGAGCCAGCUGAAGAGCCCGCCGCAGGAGGGGGGAGUCUACGAGUUGGCGUCGCUCCAGAUGCGCCCGGGGGGGCCGGCGGUUUGGGGCAGCACCUUCCAGGCGUCUGUGGCCUCCCGUGACGCUCCGGGCUAUGGGAAGCUGCUGGGGGCGUUCCACAGCGAGUUCGGACUUCUGAACCGAGUUCACGCCCUCUGGUGGUUCGAGAGCGCCGACCAUCGAGCAGAAAUUCGACACAAGGCUCACACCGACGCCAGAGUGGUUGCAGCAGUCAGGAACAACGUGGUCCAUCUGGACUCCCAGAGGAACCAGCUCAUGUUGCCGUGUCCCUUCUCUCCCAUGAAGUGACCUCCUGCCGCCUCCAUGGCACCACAUCUAAUCCUAUCCAGCCCUGAAUGCGAGGCUCCGCCUCCUCCCCUGGACGGGCCAAUCACGGCUCAGCAGCAUUAACGAGCACUGAGGUCCAGCCGCUGCAGGGACGAACCAACAUGGCUGACCUUGAAGAUCUGAACUGCUGAUCAAUAUAAAACCUGACGGCUGGGAUUGUUUUCUUGAAUAAAUCCUUUCUUUAUGAG